AUGCGGAAGGCAUCUCAUGAUGGUGCUGAUUCUAAUUCAAUAACAAGUACAAUUGAUAAUGAAGUCAAGAAAGCGGCGACUGGGCUUAAAACAAAACGUAGUUCUAUAAAAAGGAAAAUACCAAAUUUCAGUCACGAGUCCGACGAUACCGUUAUUGAACCACUGUUGAGUUCUGAAAAGGACAAAGUUGAUAAUGCUUCUCAAAGUGCCAAAUUUGUAAUGUCUAAAUCUAAGACUGAUUUAACAACCGAAAAAGUUGAUCGUAAACUUCUUAAAAGCAAAGUAGAGAAAAUUUCACCUACAUAUUCUACUAGUUUAUCAGAGAAUAUUGUAUUUACAAGUACGAAAGACUUGUGUCCGAACAUGUGUGUAACAACGCCAAUAUAUAAUCAUAUGAAUACGAACGUCUUUGGAGACCUCGAUGCUACAAAAAUUAUACCAUCUAAAAGUACAGUUAUAGUCGAAAUUAAUAAAAGCAAAUCAUCUAGUUAUAGCUCUAGUCCAUUGAUUUUUACUACUGCUAAAAUUCAUACCGACAAUAAAACUAAUCAUAUGGAACCAGUUCAAGUAACACCGAUGCCCAUUUUAUCAACUAUAGAAGGAAAUAUUAUAAAACCUCUUCCAAGUAACAUUGAUAGGAGCGAAAAAAAAUUUGAAUUAGCUAAUCCUAAAACUGAAAAUCCGAAAAUAGUUAUUCGAGAAAGUGCACAAAAAACACUUAAGACUACAAUAGACAUUAAAGAGAGUACAAAUGCAGCAACAUUAAGUAUAGAAAAACCGGCGGAUACGAAAAUAGCAUCUUCUUAUUGCAAAAAUAAUUCAUCAACUAUAAUAACAAAGUCAACAGAUGUUACUAAAUCACCAAUUUCUCUUGACAAACUUUCUGUAGUUCAAAUUCCUAUUAUAACAAAUGAAGAUAUCAAUAUAACGUCUGAAAAUAAAGUCACAACCAUAAAUAACCCUAAAAAUAUGCAAGACUGUGAAUCAUGUAGCGCUAAUAAUAAUAAAACGAAAAAAGAUACUAAAGACAAACCGUUACAUGAUUUUUCAAAAUCUGAAUCAAAAAUACCCGUUUGGAGUAAUGAAAAUAAAAAAAAUUAUAAAAAGCAAUCUGUUAAUACUCCACCUUCCGAAAAGCAAUUUUCACAUUCAAGCAAAGAUGUUAUAGCAACUACCACAAUGACAAGUAACACGAGUGUAAAAUAUCAGGAAAAGCCAUCAAAACCUUCAAGUAGCGUUCCCGGUUAUAAGCAAUUACAGCGACAAAAAAAAGCAACUGUAGAAGAUAAUCCUGACCUAGACAGUACGAUAAAACAAAUUGAUUGUAAUUAUUCCGAUUCUAGCAAUAUUUCUACACAGUUCAGCAGUGCUAAUAUAUCCGUUACAAGUGCUGCAAGCGUUUCCGAAAACAAAUCUAAAGCUGAAAAAUGCGACAUUGUUAAUACCUUUCCUAUGAAACCUAGUACUACAGUAUCAUAUACUAGCAUUAUACAAGAAAUAUCAAAUCCACUUAAUUCUGUGCCAAAAUCAAAAAAUAUUAUUAGUAGUGCCAAAACAACAUUAUCAGGACCAAAAAGUUUGGUUACCACUAACAACUAUCCUCAACCUCUAGAUAAUAUUACCAGAUCAGAUAUUUCAAAAUCUACUAGUGCAAUAAAGCCUACGCUGAAGGAAACUUUUUUGGAUGCAGAAAAACCUACAGAACCUCAAAUAAUAGUAACUUCAGUAAAUUCAAAACUUUCAUCUAACACAGGAUUAUCAAAAAUAUCAUCACCAGUAAAUUCUGAAUUACAAGUCAUAUCAGGCAUAUGUAAAAGUAAUAAUACUACACUGCCUUCUGUAACGGCUCACAUUUCUUCCAAAACAUGCAAUACUACAGGAGUUACCAACGAUUUAGCAAAUCAAGCGGGCACUCCACCAUCGAGUUCGAAGACUUUAAGCACAAAUUGCACCCGUUCCGUUGAUUUGAAAUCGUCAGCGACAUCUGCAAAAUCGCUUAUAUCAAAUGAUAAGAAAAUUGAACCAUUAUUAAACGAACAUAAAAAAGAUAGUAGAGCUUAA